ACCAAUCACUAAAUCUUUGAUCAUUAUUCAAUAUUCAUUACUGUUUUUCAUUUUUCUUUAAUAUUUAUUAUACCAUUAUGGCAUUUUAGUAUUAUACUUUAUCGGGUUUAUUGGGAACGAUGAACCAACCAAUUUCUCAUUAGUUAGUAAUACUUGUUAAUACGUCCUAUUGCAGUAUUACUCAUAACUUGUUGGCGCUUACUAAUGUAGAUAACGAGAAUUUAGUAUUUUAAAUUUAGUCGAUUGACAUGCUUCAAUGGCUCAAUAAGCUCACUGAAUAAAAUAACUUCAACAUUUUGCGAUACGUAUGCGUGUUCACAUUCACACAAUGGAUUCCAAGUAUAAAGAGCUGCAUAGAGAAGCCAUUUCCAACCAAACAGGCUCAUCAUUACUUGAAAUUUACACAUCUCUGUUUCCAUUGCCAAUUCAUAUAAUCAUAUUUAUUUGGAUGUCAAUUGGUACAGACUACAGCAAAAAAAUCAACUCUCCGACAGUUUGGAUGUUUCUUUUUGAAUUUAUUAUAAUGGUACUACCGACCGUGUUUAAUUUCACGUUGCUUUCAGAUUAUUCAGUUGACCAGUUCUUAAUUUACAUUACAAUCUUUGGUGUUGCAUUUACUUGGAUGUUGUUGAACCACAAUUAUCUAUCAUCAAGUACUAUUAAAACAAAAAAAAAUCCUUACAUGACUGUUUAUAGAUUUAUGCUCAAUACAUAUACAGUGUUUUGUAUAUUGGCAGUAGAUUUCAAUGUGUUUCCACGGCGGUUUGCCAAAACCGAAACGUAUGGACACGGUGUAAUGGAUAUAGGUGUAGGAUGUUAUGUUUGUUCUAAUGCAUUAUUGUUUAGAAUUCCUAACACACAGAAUAUAAGUAAAAAUGUACUCAAAGUUUUCAAACAAGUCUUACCAUUACUUGUGUUGGGAAUUGGCCGUACUUAUUUUGUAACGAAAGCAGAUUAUCAUCAUUAUGUAUUUGAGUAUGGUGUACAUUGGAAUUUUUUCAUGACUUUAGCAUUCCUAAAAAUAAUUAAUCUAUUUAUUUUACCAUUUGUUAGUACUUGUUGUCUAUCUGGUAUUGCCACAAUUCUGGUCAUUAUUUAUGAGUUAUCAUUAAAUUUUGGUCUAGCUGAUUGGAUUAUGAGUGAUGCUCCUAGAGACACACUGUUCUCAGCAAACCGUGAAGGCAUAUUAUCAUUGAUAGGCUAUGAAGCAAUAUUUUUAUAUUCCUUGUCAAUGAAAUCACGGUUGUCUGUUUUUAUGAAUAAAAAUCAUUUAUUAAACAAUAUGUUCCUUUUAAUAGUAACGGCUUCUUUAUCUAUUGUUUUAUUUUUAUUGACAUUCGCCAUAAGUUUUGUUUUUGGCGUUUCUAGAAGAUUAGCUAAUGCUGGUUAUGUUUACUGGGUAUUAUCUAUAUCUUCAUAUCUAUUAUUCAUGUCGAUUAUGAUUGAAAACUUCAUAACUGUUCUUUUACAUAAGAAAGGACGAAUAGGUGAAUUCAAUAGAAUUUCACUCAUUAUAGAUAGUAUUAAUGAUAAUUUAUUAUUUUUCUUUUUAUUUGCCAAUGUUGUAACUGGAGUUAUAAAUAUGUGUUUAUACACUUUAGUAAUGAAUACCGUCUCUAGUUUAAUUAUUCUGUCUCUUUAUAUGUUUGUUAUUUAUUUCACAAUUUAUAUUUUACAGCGUUAUAAAAUUAAAAUUUAUGUUUAAUUUUAAAAUAUUUUUUUUACUGUUUAUAUCAUGGCAAAUUAUGUACAAGUUAUCUGUUUAAAUUAAAAAUAAAAAUGUUUAAAAAUCAAUGGUAUCAUUUUUUACAGGCAUAUAAUUGUAUGAUUAUCAGAUCAAAAAGAGAAUUUAUAAAAUAAUCCCAUGAAAAAUGUAUUUUCUUCUAACUUCAAAGAACUAAUUAAAUGAUGAUGGUCAAUACAAAAUUAGAGAUUAAAAAUUAUAAAAAUUACACACUAAUGAUAGAUUAUUUACAUCUUUGAUAACAUUGAUUUUACUAUUUUAGUCAUAACAAUAAUUUUUCAUCAAAAUGUUGAGAAGAGUCAAGGAUUCAGUACAAGUUUAAUAGACAUAAAUGUUUGGUAGGUAUUAAUGAUAAAAAUGUUAAUCCUGAAAUCUGAAUAAAAUAUUGGUGAAAUGUAAUACAUUGGUUUGUAACCAGUAAUAAUAUUUGUCUUUUA